GAUUUGGAAUAAUGGAUUAAGUAAACUACGAUUGUUAAACCACCAUUAUUCAUUAUACCUCAAAGUUUGCCAACAUGAUGAUUAGGGGAAGACUGUGUGGAGCAAUGAACUCUUCUCUUAGACUUGGAUUGAUCGUCAUCUAUCUCAUGGCAGGAUUGAUAGCUACCGAUGGGUGUAGCUCACCAACACCUAUCAGUCUUUCAAGUACAGGAUUUAACUCCAGCACUUGUCCUUGGCGUUGCUGCUGUAACGACGAUAUUCGAUUGGUGAACUGUUCGCGGUUAUACCAGAACCUUCCUACAGUAUUUCCUGUCAAGGCAAAGACGAUUGUUCUGGAUUGGAACUUCAUGGACACGUUCGACCGGGAAAACUGUACCGUGUUCAAGCAGAGUAGAUUGUUGGAGGUUUUAACGGCAUCAAACAACAGAAUUGCUACAAUAAACAGGAAUUGUUUUAUGGGUUUGGGUAAUCUGACUGUCCUCAACCUCAGCAACAAUGCCUUAACUAGCGUGCCAUUGGCGGACACUCCCUAUCCUUUUAAAAUUUUAGAUUUAAGCAACAAUAAUAUUACUCAAUUAAAUGAAUCUAUAUUGCUUGCCAUGCCUAACUUGACAUCGUUAAAUGUUGAUAAUAACUCGAUAAAUACUCUUCCAUCUUUUUUAUCAUCUAGUGAUACGAAGCUUAGAAUGCUUUCUCUGAGGAACAAUGGACUUAAGAACAUUGCUUCUCUGGGUCCAUUUAGGACAGGAUCAGGUAUAGAGGAAUUGUACCUUUCUCAUAACGAACUUUCAGCACUACCGACUGCUUGGCUGGUCGGUACCUUCAAAUUGAAGGUUUUGGAUCUCAGAAAUGCCACUUCAUUGUCGGACAAAACGAGUAAAAUUGGCUGGACGUUCCCUGGUUACUGUGAAGUUCUUGAAACGAUUGACCUGUCGCUAAAUGGGUUGCGUUCCAUCGAAAGCUUUGCAUUCGAUUCGAACACAGCUUUACGGACAAUCGAUCUUAGCUCGAACGACCUGAACAUUCUUCCUGAUGACCUCCUCGUCAAACAAGUCAACCUGACAACGUUGAAAGCUCAUGAGAAUCGCCUUGUUAAUAUUUCAAACGGCAUAUGGGGCAGAAGAGCGAGACUGGAACAUAUCAACUUGGCCAACAACUCAAUCGAACGAAUUGAAUAUGGAGCAAUCAGUUCCCUAGCGACCCUCCGCUUUCUGGAUCUCAGUGGAAACUUACUGGUGUCUUUGACAUUUCUUCAAACACCUGAUCUCAUCUCCCUAGAAACACUCCUAUUGCAUAAUAAUAGCAUUCGUGUAACCCCAAACCUAACUCGACUGAUUAAACUACGCUUUCUCACUUUACAAGAUAAUCAGCUAAACCAAGUCCCAAACCUACAGAAUCUCUCGAAUCUUGAAAAAGUAGAUCUUAGUCGGAAUAACAUUAGCGUGAUGGACACGUUGGCAUUUCUUGGUGCAAAACGUUUAAAGCAAAUCAAUUUAGAGGGUAAUUACAUCGUAAGCAUUAGUGAAGCCAGCCUUAAUUAUCUCCCUAGGAGUCUCACCAAGGUGAACCUUCUUGAUAACUUAUUGAGAUGUGACUGUAACCUGGCGCUGACGUCAGAAAGAGUAAGGAGUUCCAGCCAAUGGGGUGUUAAAUUAGAUAACAUCACAUGCGUUUCACCCCCAGCAUACGAGGGACAAAUGCUGAUCAAUGUGCCUCAUUCGCCAUGCAUCGGCACCGUCAAGUCGGUGAAGUCGAUCGUCCUAUCAGCUCUCCUUGCCGGCAUCGUCAUCGCUGUCAUCAUCCUCGCCUUCCUGUAUAGCAGAUAUCGACGGGUUGGACGAGGAAACGCAAGACGAAGGUCGUACCCCGUGGAGGAAAAGGCAGCACAGAUGAAUAAGUAUGAAGAGGAGAUUGGACAUUUGAUGAGCCCGUCGAAGAAUUCGGGAAAUUAUCAUAAUCUUCGGGGAAGCCAUGAUUUAUUAGGAUCGGCAUCAGUUACCGGUAGCAGUACAAGAAUUAAUGGAAACGCAAUUAAAUCAUUUGUUGAGGAAGAAUUCUAUGUAUAGCACUUUAUAAAAUAUUUAAAGCUAACAUGUAAAUAUAAUACCAUCCUUCACCAUCAGCAGAUAAUGUGUAUCAUACAAUUAAUUGGUUUCAAUUUCGUAUAUUGCUCAUACAAUGUAAACAAAUGUAGCAUCUGGUUAUUAAAUUAUCGGGAUUCUACGUGAAAAAUCUACAUUAUAUGUGUAAAUAAACAUGCUUGUUCAAAUGACCUACACAAUGAUCAAAGGGUCAAAGGUGGCUGCAUUUUUUCUUGAGCUGGUUCACGAAUUAAACCAACAAAAAAUAAAAGAUGGAAAAAAAACAUUUUAUUUUUAGCUGGUCUUAAUGAAUAUACAUAUCAUACUUGUAUGUAUUUAUAUUGCUGAAUUAAUCAUGCCUUUAUUUGCCACAUCUUUUGCCAAUUUAAAGUAACGGUAGUUGGUGACAAGGUGACGAAGUAUUCAGUAUCCAUUUGUGUAAGUUUUGGCAAUACAGUAAGGAAAAAGAAAU